AUGUCUGAAAACACACCGAGGACAGCGGCUGAGCCCGCGGCGGCGAACCCGACACAAGCGCCUACUACUUCGACCGAGCCGCUUGAAGCUGCUGCGGAUGAGUUUCCUGAUGACAGCGCUUCGGAGCUGGGUGGUAGCAUCGCGUCUUCAAGCACCAGUGUGUCCAGUUCCAUCCGCGACUAUCGGGUAGAGAACGGCCGCACGUAUCACAGAUACAAAGACGGGAAGUACAACAUCCCAAACGACGAAUCAGAAAACGAUCGACUGGAUUUGCAACACAACCUCUGCCUCCUGACGUUCAACAAUACCCUGGGACUUGCACCACCUAACAAACCCGACUCGAAGGUCAAGCGCGUCUUAGAUGUCGGAACUGGCAGCGGAAUCUGGGCUGUCGACUUCGGGGAGGAGCACCCGGAAGCAGAGGUGAUUGGCAUUGAUCUAUCGCCGUCGAUGCCAGACUUCGUCCCGCCCAACGUCAAGUUCGAGAUCGACGACCUCGAAGAGGAAUGGACCUGGUCCCAGCCUUUUGACUACAUCCAUAGCCGCAUGAUGAACUCGUCCGUGGGCGACUGGAAGGCAUACGCCAAAAAGGCAUUCGACAACCUGACCCCUGGCGGAUGGUUCGAGCUCCAGGAAAUCGACCUGUUCCCCCGCUCCGACGACGGCACUCUCAAGCCGGACUCUGCGCUUUCGAAGUGCAUCGACUACAUGUAUCAGGCUUCUAUCAUCUUUGGGCGUCCUUACCAGGAAAUCCCAGCCCUCGUGAAGGUCCUGGAAGACGUAGGCUUCGUCGAUGUUAGACUAGACUCAUUCAAGUGGCCCACCAAUUCAUGGCCUAAAGACCCUAAGCAUAAAGAGCUAGGAAUGUGGAAUUAUGAGAAUAUAGGAAAUGGGUUUGAGGCGCUGACUAUGGGGCCCUUUACUAGAGCCCAUGGUUGGACGAAGGAGGAGGUCCAGGUCUUCUUGGUCGACGUCCGGAAUGACAUGAAGAACAGGUCUAUUCACGCAUAUUGGCCAAUCAAGAAGGCCGACAGAGAAGCCAGCCUCUGGAGCUUAAAGUUGGACAUAACUUUGCACGCAUUCCAGGGCCCCGACUGA